AUGAAGCAACCACAUUCUGUAGGAGUAGCAUUUUCAAUCCCAUUCUCUCUCUUCUUCUUCAUCAUUACCUUAGCAGCAGCAGCAGAUAUAUCUCCUGGUUCAACCCUCAAAGCUUCAAACCCAAACCACACUUGGACCUCCCCAAACACCACCUUCUCUCUCUCCUUCAUCUCCGACGACGGCGCCGCCUUCUUCGCCGCCAUCACCUACAACGGCAUCCCCGUCUGGAUCGCCGGCGCCUCCGACCCCGGCGGCGGCGCCUCCGACUCCUCCGCCUCCCUCCAAUUCCUCUCCGACGGCAACCUCCGCCUCGUCAACGGCUCCUCCUCCUCCGCCGUCGUCUGGCAGUCCAACACCGCCGGCCACGGCGUCUCCUCCGCCGCCCUCCACGACUCAGGUAACUUCGUCCUCCGAAACGCCACCGUUUCUGUGUGGUCCACCUUCGAUAACCCUACUGAUACAAUCUUACCCUCACAAAACUUCACGGUUAACAAAGUAUUGCGAUCUGGGUUGUACUCUUGUAGUCUUCUUAGCUCUGGAAACUUAACUCUCCAAUGGAAUAACACUAUUCUGUACUGGAAUUUGGCUUUGAAUUCAUCAUUUCAUUCAAACUUAACAUCACCCAAUUUAGUUCUUCAAUCAAUUGGUGCAUUGUCACUACAUGAUCAAUCGCUUUCGAGACCUGUGGCCAUGGUUUACAGCAGUGAUUAUGCUGAAGGAAGUGAUAUAAUUAGGUUCUUGAAGCUUGAAAAUGAUGGGAAUUUGAGGAUUUAUAGCUCUGUUAAGGGAACUAGAACAAGCAUUGUAAGAUGGGUAGCUGUAAAAGAUCAAUGUCAAGUUUUUGGGUACUGUGGGAAUAUGGGUAUUUGUAGUUACAAUGAUUCAAAACCCAUUUGUAUAUGUCCUUCCAUGAAUUUCGAUCCGAUUGAUCCGAAUGAUAGUAGAAAAGGGUGUACUUGA